CAAUCACAGGUCGAGCUUGGGCCCCACCCGGAAAUAUCUGCGCGUGGCUCUGGUCAUGAGUUUACAUGUGAACACGUCAGUGAAAUUUUACAGGUUGACUUUUUAAACGCAAAUGGCAUCAGGAGACGCAUAUAAAGUGUCUUCCCUGAAGGGAAAAGUGACCCUGAUCACGGGUGCCAGUUCAGGUAUCGGUGCAGGUACGGCCGCCCUGUUUGCUAAAUUGGGAGCUGCGCUGGCUCUCAAUGGCAGAGAUGUGGAGAGUCUGAAGAAAGUAGCCAAGGAGUGCACAGAGUAUGCUGGAGGAACUGAGCCUUUGCUUGUGCCCGGCGAUCUGACAGACGAGAACACAGUGAGAUCUGUGUUCCACCUGACCCAGCUCUGUGUGCCUCACCUGGUCAAGACCAAAGGCUCCAUCGUCAACGUGUCCAGCAUCAAUGGACAGAGAUCGUUCCCUGGUGUUCUGGCCUAUUGUAUGUCCAAGUCGGCCAUUGACCAAUUCACUCGCUGUGUCGCACUGGAACUAGCAUCGAAGCAAGUUCGAGUCAACUCCGUGUGUCCCGGUGUGAUCGUGACAGAAGUGCACAAGAGGGCAGGAUUGAAUGAGGAGCAAUAUGCUCAGUUCCUAGAAAAGUGCAAGCAGACUCACGCACUCGGCCGACCGGGCGAAGUGGACGAGGUGGCCCACAGCAUCGCCUUCCUGGCAUCGGAUGCCGCCACUUUCAUCACCGGAGUCAACCUCCCCAUCGACGGGGGCCGCCAUGCUAUGUGCCCACGAUAGACGUUUGACGGUAGAAGGUAGAAUUAGUAGAUAAGAAAGUACCUCACGGAUAUUUUUUCACAAAUAUGUGUUGAGUUUUUCCACAUUGAACAGAAUAAUUUAACGGUAGUAAAUAUAAAAAAAUGAUCACGGUAGCUUGACAAAAUAAAAUUUAUUGAACCAAAUGUGGCCGGCGAGCAUAUUUUGUGUUGUAUUCCCAAUGAGUACAGGAUAGUUGCAGCACCAGGUUCGGGAACACUUGCACAGUCUAACGUGAAGUCAUUCUCAAUUUUGGUUGUAUUUUUCAAACGGGUGUAUUGAAUUGUCAUUCCAUUCAGUCGAGCAAUAAGACAAUGGCAUGGAAAAAAAAAAUCGACGUCAGAGUGUUUACUAACAUUUUAAGUUCACAAUUUACAAUAACUCACGUCUUGAUUGAGACAAAUGAAUCACAAAUAAGUGCAUACAUUUUGAUCCGCCAGUUUUAGAAAAACAACGCCACGAACGUGACAAAUUUUCACAGCACGCAAAACGAAUGAGAGCGAAACAUUUGCCUUUCCAAAGAUGACACCAUUCCGUUUGAAUCGGAUUUUGAUCAGCACCGCAUUUAUUAAGUUAUCUGGAUUUAUUAACCGAGGGCAGUGGAGAAUGUUCCUGAUCUCAUUAGAUUGCGCAAGUGUCCCUAAUGUUGUGUCCAGUGAGCGCACCCGAAUCAGGACCACUCAGACGUGCCGAACGAGGUAGUAUCUUCUCACGUGCUUGUGCGAAGACAUCCGAAUGAGUGAUAAGAUGCGUGCAGUCACAGCUAUUGCACUUUAUAUCACAAUAUACAGCACAUACACAGUUAUAAAUAAUACAUUAGCGCAUUUAUAAAUGGACCUUCAUUAUUUCUGUACAACCAGAGUUUGAUAGCGCCAAAACAAUGAAAUGUUCUUAUCGUUUUUCUUCCAUCCAGGGACAAUUGAAAGCUUGCUGCAAGUCACUGGAGAAGAAAGGUUUUUAUUCCAAAGGCGGAUCAGUGCCAGAAGUCUUAUAUGUUUCCCGCCUCUGUUUCUGCAGUCCAAGCAUAGUUUCAGGAGCGUAAUCGGGGUUCCUUGCAGUCCGAAACUGUCCGUCAGGUCACCCCACUCAUGAGGUGGAAGGGGGGGCUGGCCUUUACUGAGGUUUUAUAAGAAGCAAACGGGUCCAACCUCAAGGUGAUAACGUGAUCCAGGUUCUGUGGUCGGCAAGUUGGAUACUUCCACGAUGGGGAGUAAAUUGGGCUCCUCAGUCUGAAACACAAAGUGGGUCUGACGCCAGCGGCCGUCCUUGAUCUGGGAACAUUGUGUCAAAAAAUAGAUUCCGUCACGGUCCAGGCAGUGAAAAGCAUUUGCCUCCAUAUUUCUGCAAAGGUUUUGGUUUGAUCUAAAAAUUGCUUUUCCGGAAAUGCGUUACAAGUUAAAGAUGAAAUGACAGCCGACGAUCUGCAUUCAAAAUAUAGAAAUAGCGACAGUUGGACUAAUUGCUGCGAUGGAGUUUGGAACAAGACGACAGUUUUCUGUCUGGGUUUCAGUUCCCUAAAUCGCUUUCUUUGUUCCUCCCGGUCAAGUUUAUUUUAGUUGUGUAGAAGGUAUACAUCUCCUAAGUGAGGUAAACUCUCAAUAGUCUUCCACACUCUGCCGAUAUGUCUGAUACCGAUUAUUAGCAGCCAAGGAGGCUGAUAACUGAUAUAUAAAAGCAAUAUUUAUUUUCGUGAAAAGGGAAAAUAUCAGCCCAAAAAUAUUUGAAACGCAGAAACUUCAACACUUAACUGUUAUCUGCCUUGAGUAUGCCAGUACUUCUUAAUUAUUUUCUGUUACGCCCGCCCCACCGUUUGUCAAUCAAAAGCUUCUAAGUAGGAAAAAAAAUACAAAUCUGCUGAAUAACUUUAGCAUUGUUUUGUACUCCCUGUGCACAAUCUGAUAAUGAGAGUACCACUGCCACCUACUGUAGUGGAUGUGCAAUUGCACUUUAUUCACAUAUGGCAAAAAGAAA